GCCAAACGCCUACGUGAUAGACCCUCGCGAGCCCAGCUAUACAACCUCCGCUCCUCCUCGAUCCCGUCCUCGUUCACUCCGCAUCCGCAGCCGAAUUCCCCCCGUCUCACCGCCGGACCACUCCUCGCCUUGCCAUGGCAGCCGCAGCGCUGAGAGCCCGGCUCAACGCCCACAUCUUCAGAAUGUAUGCCGAGGGUGUGGUGGAGGAGGAGACCUUCGAGCAGCUGCGGGAGGACGGCACCGCCACCGAGCUUGCCCGCCUCUUGAUCAACGAAGCCUACGAGAUCCUCCACGACAUCGACAUCCGGAUGGAGGAGCCGGAAGUGGACAUCGACGAGGUGGAAGCCCUGACGCAGCAGCUCAUGGAGUGCGCCUCCAGUGUUGGUGCACAGCAAGUGAAACUCGCCUGCAUGCAUUUCGGAGAUUUCUAUGAAAUAAAAUGCAAACAAGGGUGCCUUGUGUCAUUGGAUCUUGUUAGGAAUUUGUACUGUAUUGUGCGCAAUGACGUGGAGAUCAUGAUGCAGCUGGAGGAUCAGAUCGCGGCCUGUGGUCCUAAGUAAUGACAAGUGAAGGGGAAAGAUCGUGAUCCCAUGUGAUCCCUUACAUUAUGGUGUGUAUGUGUCUCUGAAGAUGUGGCGGUGUUCAAAGGGUGUCUGGCAUUAGAGGGCGUGCGUGAAACCAGACGAGGAUUUUAGCGGCGCGGAACUUUGGUCUCAUAACCCUGUAAGCGAAACUUGUUGUCCUUUGUCCGUGUUUGUUCGUGAAGUCUAUAUACUUAUGUGUCGUGGAUGUGCUGCUGCCCUGCCCACGGGCUGUGUGUAAACCCCAUCCUGGUUGGUUGGUUGCCAGUGACUUUCUUUUGUUGUAUGUUGUGUUGGCUUCUCUCUCUAAACAAGUCGUGUUGUUGGCUAGUGCACCAAGAGUGCUGCAAAUCUCCAUACUUGGAUAUUUUAAGCAUCUCUUUUUGGUCUGUAA